AUGUCGCCGAUUUAUAUGGAGGAUAAGCUCAGUGUCGACCGUGUCGCCGUCAUCGGCGCCGGGCCGUGCGGUCUCGCCGCUGCGAAAUACUUCUUGGCUGAGAAGAAGUUCUCAAAGGUGCAAAUCAUCGAGCAAAGAGAUACUGUUGGUGGCGUUUGGACAUACAGCUCCUUGAACGUCAUCGACAAUGAUUUCAGCAUCCCCAGGACACAGCCGACGAGGAAACCGGACACGGCAAUCGCUGUAGAAGGGCAUAAGGCCAAGCAAUUCGUCUCUCCUGUUUACGAUUACUUGGAGACCAAUAUUCCGCACACUCUGAUGAACUACUCCGACACAAAGUUUCCCUCGGAUGCGUCCCUGUUUCCGCCUCACCAGGUGGUGAAGAGAUAUCUGGAGGACUAUGCCAAAGAGCUGGAGCCCAUCAUCUCGCUGUCCACGCAGGUGUUAUCGCUGAAGAAAGUGCGAAGUGCGAACCAGGUUUGUUGGGAAAUUGAGACGCGCGACCUCAAGACGAAUGAGACAAGCAAGGCACAGUUUGAUGCGGUCAUGGUUGCGAGCGGGCAUUACAACGAUCCCUUCAUCCCAGAUAUUCCCGGCCUCGCCGACUUUGACAAGGCGCAUCCGGGCUCAAUCUCACACUCAAAGUUCUAUCGCAAUGCCUCCCAAUAUGAGGGAAAGAAGGUCAUCAUCGUCGGCAACUCGGCCUCCGGUAUCGACCUGAGUGCGCAGAUCUCGACAGUCUGUAAACUGCCCAUCAUCGUCUCUGAAAAGACCGUUCCCAACACGCCGGCUGAAGACCGCUCAUCAUGGGCCAAGAUGGUACCCGAAAUUCUCGAGUUCAUCCCCGAGGGCCGCAAGGUCCGCUUCGCAAACGGCGAGACCGAGGCGGACGUCGACGGCGUGGUCUUCUGCACGGGUUACUUCUACAGCUUCCCCUUCCUCCGCGACCUCUCCCCGCCGGUGGUCACGGAUGGUGCGUACGCUCGCAAUCUGUACGAGCAUUUGCUCUACAUCGACGACCCGACGCUGGCCUUCGCAGGCAUCCCGCAGCGCAUUGUUCCGUUCCCCGUGGCGGAAGGGCAAGCGGCUUGGGUUGCGCGCGUGUGGGCUGACCGGCUGCGACUCCCUAGCACGGCUGAGAUGAGAGAGUGGGAGACGAAGAUGCUCAAAGAUAAGGGAGAAAGCAAGAUGCUACACAAUCUCGCAUUCCCGAAGGACCUGGAGUAUAUCAACAUGCUUCAUGCGAGGAGUCUCGAGGCGGACAAGCGACCUGAUCUUGAGAAUGAUGGUGUCGGUAAGAUACCUCCGUUCUGGGAUGAUGAGAAGAGGUGGACGAGAGAGCGAUUCCCUCUCAUCAAGAUCGCGUCGCGAAAGCUGGGCGAGAAGAGACACGAGAAGGACCCCAUCAAGUACCAGCCCGGCAAGGGCGGAGGCUUUGAGCGAACCGAGGCCCAGUUUCGCAGCUUCAUCACCAAAGAUCCCAACUCGAAGUUUCCUGCUGAAAAGGGGCGGUAUGCUCUCUAUGUUAGUCCUGGCUGUCCGUGGUGUCACAGAGUGAUGAUCGUUCGCGCUCUCAAGCGCCUUGAAGAUUACAUCGAUCUCUACAUCGCCGACAUGGGCAUGGGAAAAGAGGGCUGGCACUUCACGGAUAGCCCCGAAGCCGCCAAGCUCGGCGUUCUUCCCAAAGAUCCCGUGUAUGGCUUCAAGACCGUCAAGCAGCUCUAUCAAAAAGCCAGUCCUGGCUAUGAUGGUCGUGUGACGGUGCCUGUUCUCUGGGACAAGAAGACACACUCUCUUGUCAGCAAUGAGUCGAGCGAGAUUAUUCGCAUGCUGUAUACUGAGUUCGACCACCUGCUUCCCGAGGAAGAUCGGGAAAUCAGCAGGCCAGGUGGCGGGCUGUAUCCCGAGAAGUUGCGAAAGGACAUCGACGAGAUUAACGAUUGGGUGUAUCACACCGUAAACAACGGCGUCUACAAAUGCGGUUUUGCCUUCAUGCAAUCUGCUUAUGAGGCCAACGUCGACCAUCUAUUCCAGUCGCUGGAACGUUUGGAGGACAUACUCAAGAAUCGGCCAUUCUUGCUUGGAGAUCAGAUCACGGAAGCAGACGUCCGUCUGUUCCCGACCAUUGCCCGAUUUGAUGUGGCUUAUGUGCCCAUCUUUCAAUGCAAUCUCGCCACCAUUCGGAACGACUACCCGAAUCUGCACCUGUGGUACAGGAGGCUCUACUGGGACCAGAGCGAGAGGACGCAUGGUGCCUUCUUCAAGACUACUGAUACUUGGAUCUCUCGAUUUAAAGAAGGAUACGGAAACGCCAGAUAUCGGGUGUUAGGAAUUGAGGGGCCUCUGAUCAUUCCGAAGGGCCCACGGGUCUUGAUUCACGAGCUGAGCGAGGAGGAAAGGCUGUAA